ACUAGACCAGUAACGUAGAUGACACGCGCCACCGGGAAAGCGUGAUGGAAUCAUAAUGUUGUAGAUGAAGUUGCCGUAUAAAUGGCGGGACUCUAGGCUGGGUAGAGAUUUCACGAAGGCACAACCAUCUUUCCCUCUCGUAAUUGGCGUUUAAAUCUAAAAAAAACACAAUCUCAAAAUUAUCCAAAAAACCCUCCAAUCCUUAAACCCUAACCCAGCGUCCCCCAUUUUUGUUAUCUCUUUUACCUUAUUACCUCCUCCUCCUAAAUUCUUCAGUUCUAGGGUUUUGGUUUAUUUCAUCGUCGGAAAACAUUUAUUUAUUUAUUUUUCUUUUCUUCCACUGUUUUCGUGUCUGCUUUUCUGCAGAUAGAGAAAGUGGGAGAGUUGGAGCAUUGUGAGACAUUCUGAUUCAAUGGAGGUCGCGGCUAGUGUCUCCGCUGGACGGAGUGGUUCGCUGCCGAUGACAUCACCAUCUCGGAAGGAGUGGCGUGCCGUUUCCGAACUUCAAGUGGUUCAAAACCUCGGGGUUGAAGUGGAUCUGGAAAGAUCAAAGUUGGAACAAUCAGAUGAGAGAAACAUAUACCAGCAUGGAAGAGAGCCUGCUGAUGUGGACUUCUUUUCUAUUACGGUUGAUGGAAGUUUGGAUGAUGGCAUAUUGCAGCAGCGGAUUCACAGUGUUACUAAACAGAGAGAAGAUCUCCAACAGAUGGAGGUUGAACUCCGAGCUCAAGCAAUUGCCAGACCAAGGAUCCUGGAUAUACAGAGUAGUUGUGAUGCUAAAAUCAAGGCCCAUGUCACUGCCACUGCUAAGCUUGAGGAGAAAAUCCACGAAAGUGAAAAGACCAUAAAUGAAUUGAAAAGGAAGAUGGAAGAGAAAGAUAGAGAACUACACGCCAUCAAAGUAGAAAGAGAAGAGUGGCAGGCCUGGGCAAAGGAAGACCUUCUCAGGGAGCAAAAUAAGGAGCUGGCAACCUUCAGAAGAGAACGUGAUCAUUCAGAAGCUGAGAGAGCUCAACACCUGAAACAGAUUCAUGAUCUUCAAGAGCACAUUCAAGAGAAAGAGAGGCAGCUUACUGAGCUGCAGGAACAGCAUAGGGCUGCUCAGGAAGCCAUUCUUUAUAAGGAUGAACAAUUGAGGGAGGCUCAGACUUGGAUUUCUCGUGUCCAGGAGAUGGAUGCUUUACAGUCAAAUACAAAUCACUCCUUACAGGCUGAACUGCGAGAACGCACAGAGCAGUAUAACCAGCUCUGGCAUGGCUGUCAGAGACAGUUUGCGGAGAUGGAGAGACUUCAUUUACAUACAAUACAUCAGCUCCAGCUGGCUGCUGCAAGAACGAGGAACAGUUCUUACACUGAUGAAUCACAUGCAUCCCAAGCAAAACCAGAAAAUUUCUCUCAGUUUGGUAAAAAUGAUGGAAACCAAGUGGAUUCAAAUGGAAGUGUUUCAACAAACAAUGCAUGGGCCAUUUCAAAUGAUGCUUCAGACAGUGUUCAGUCAUUUACUUCAGAUGGUAAUGUGCCAACAGAGAAUCAUGAUGGCCAUAUUCCGAUUGUUCCAAUUGCUCCAUCAUCUCUACAUGGGAUGCCUUCAUACCUCCCACCUGGGCAGGUGACUGCUCUGCAUUCAUUUGUAAUGCAUCAACAGGGUUUUCCCCAUUCUGUGGCAUCUCAUGGUGGACAGUACUCAAUGCCAACAAUUUUGUCCCACCAACAGUGGCAGAACCAACAGAUGUCAUCAGAAGCUUUCCAGAUAUCUGCUCAGAAUCAACUUCCACCAUCCCAAACUGAUCAAAGCUUUGGGAGGUCAGACUUGAAGCAUGAAUAUGAAAUGUCUGUCAAUGAACAAGCUGUUAGUCCAGACCAUCUAGAUCAUAUUAACCAAGGGCCGGAGCUCAAUUCUGUGAUAUCUUCAUCUGCUGUGAAACCACAGGUCCUUGAUUCAAGUAAAUCGAGUUAUGUUAUGAAUCCCCAAACUGAGUCAAGCUUGGAGCAGGUUUCCUCACAAUUUCAUGAUGCAUUGACGUUAGCCACUCGUGAACAGAGCUCUGAAUCCAAGGAACUGAAUAUUCUGAACAUGAAUAGUCAUGUGCUGGUGGACCAAGUUCUAUCAGCAGAAGAAGCAAGUACUGAUGCCAGUCCUCCUCCUCCCGAUACUUGGGUGCACUCUGCUAAUUUAAAUGGAACAGCAACCAGCAAUGGUGCUAAUGCUAUUUUGCCUGAAAAGUCGGUUUCAACCGGGCGGACUAAUAUCUUGAAAUCAGCUAAACCUUCAGAGACUGCUCUGCUUGAUGAAAGAUCAUUGUUGGCAUGCAUAGUUCGCACAGUUCCAACUGGUGGCAGCAUUCGGAUCAGCUCAACGCUGCCAAAUAGGCUAGGGAAAAUGCUUGCACCAUUUCACUGGCAUGAUUACAAGAAAAAGUAUGGGAAGUUGGAUGACUUUGUAGCUAGCCACCCUAAGUUAUUUGUUAUUGAGGGUGAUUAUAUUCGGCUUCAAGAGGGAGCACAAGAGAUGAUAGCAGCCACUGCUGCUGUUGCUAAAGUUGCUGCAGCUGCUGGAGCAUCAUCUUCAGACUCCUUUUUGCCUUCUGUUGCUGUUACACCGAUUGCACAGCCUAAUCGGCUAAACAAGGCACUUCGAUCAAGUGAUUCCAACCAUGUGUCUGGAGCUUUCUCCAAAGUAAAAAACUUGAGCCAAGGUAAAGAUCCUGCUGAAAGUAAUGGGUCAAAUUUGGAGAGAUCAAGUGUGACUAGUGUUGAAAGCAAGGCUUCUGGAUAUGGAAGAUCUAAUUCAAAGGUCGUUGGAAAACAGCAUGGCAGGACAACCAGGGCUGCGUUUUCUUCAAGAAGAUAGAUAUUAUGACGAACUGCAAAAUUCAGCUGUUUUAAGCCUUUUGGGGUAUGGUUUUGUAGUUAAAAUGCAUAUCCUGAUCUUUAGAUACAAUUUACUACCAUUUGAACUCUUUUAAGCCUUUUGGCACUCCAUUGUUUGAAUAGCACUAUUCUACUGCCUGUUUUAUCA